UGAAGGCUUCAGCCCCUAACAAAGAUGGCCGCCUACCCUGCCCUACCCUCCGCCCUUUGGCCGGUAUAAAAUACUAACUAGACGGUGUUUCACUUUCGGGUCACUUUCGGUUCUCCAUGGCGCCGACUCCGAAGACUGUAGGGCGAAUCAAGUUAGAUUGCCCUCUGCGGCCUGGCUGCCCGCUGGAGGUCGCUGCUGUCCCCAAACUCUGCAAAGAAUUCGGUCCAGAGGACUACGGCGAAGAGGACAUAGAGGAUUUUCUUCACCGGCUUGUGGAGAGUGAUCCCCAGGGCCUGCACCGGAUCCAUGUGGAUGGGAGCAGCAGGCGGCUGCAGCUGUGGCACCAUGAUUACCUCCUGGACCAUUUCAGUGAUGAGGGGAAAACAACUGGACAGAGUGACAGGGGCAAGGGGGCCGAGGGCCUGGGCACCUACUGUGGCUUCCACAAGUUCUUCCUAUACCCUCCCCAACGGCCUGAGCCCUGCCAUCAAAGCCCCUCUGCCUCAGCCUGCCCCCAUGUCUCAGAUAGCCUGCUUCACGUAGCCCUGCCUCAGAAGCUCCUGGUGACUGAAGAGGAAGCCAACCGUCUGGCAGAGGAGCUGGUGGCUGAGGAGGAGCGCAUGAAACAGAAAGCAGAGAAGAAACGACUCAAGAAGAAGCGUCAAAAGGAACGAAAGCGACAGGAACGCUUGGAGCAGGACUGUGGGGAGCCCAAGGCCAAGGCUACCACAGACGGGGAUGAGAGCCCCCCAUCCAGCCCCAGGAACCCAGCUCUGGGACAGUGUAGUGAGGAAGAGGACUCACUGGAUCUAUCUAGUACUUUCGUGUCUCUGGCUUUGCGCAAGGUUGGGGAUUGGCCCCCCAGUACCCACAGAGAGAAGGGACUAAUCCAGAAGCCCCAAGGCAGGGGCCCAGGCCCCCAGAAGAAGACAGAUCAAGAGGAAGGGAGCUUUCCAAGAGAGGAGAGGCCCGGGCAGAGUCCUAAGCCACAGGCAUCUGCAGGACUGCUGGCAGCUGCCUUACAGCGGAGCCAGGAACUGGCAAAGUUUGGUACCAGCUUUGCUCAAAAUGGUUUCUACCAGGAGGCUGUGGUCCUCUUCACCCAGGCCUUGAAGCUCAACCCUCAGGACCACCGGUUAUUUGGAAAUCGUUCCUUCUGCCAUGAGCGGCUGGGUCAGCCAGUACGGGCCCUGGCCGAUGCCCAGGUGGCCCUUACCCUAAGGCCUGGCUGGCCCCGGGGCCUCUUUCGCCUGGGAAAGGCCUUGAUGGGACUACAGCGCUUUGAGGAGGCAGCUGCUGUGUUCCAGGAGACGCUGAGAGGUGGGCCCCAGCCUGACGCAGCCCGGGAGCUCCACUCGUGCCUCCUCCAGCUAGCUCUGCAGGAUCAUCGAGGAGGAAUCUGUGCACCACCUCUAUCCACUGGGGUCCCCCAGCCAUUUCCCUAUGCUGAGCUGGUAGCCUCAGGCCUGCUUCCCCUAAGUUGCCCUCCAAGCACUGCUCCAGGGGGCCCUGACCAUCUGUCUCCACCCUUGCAUUAUCACCCCUGUCACCUGAGCCACCCCAGUGGGCCCCUCCCCCAGACUCACAGUACAAGACCCCCCCUCCAUCUCCAGGACCCUUCAAAGGGCUGGAGCAUCCUGGGACUUGGGCCCCAGCAUCUACCUCAGGCCAGAUGAGGGUGGACCUGUCCCUCAUAGGGCAAGGCCAUCCGUACAUCCCAAAGGGAUGGGGACACUGUGUGGUGACAGUUCACUGCAUAUUUUGAGACCUUGUACUCC